AUGAGAGAUGUAUUUAAUCCAAGAGAUUUUGAAUCACCUAUCGGUCUUGAAGGACGAAAACGACAAGUAGCAGAAUUAGGUAUUAUGAAUUUGUAUGCAUUAGCUUUUGCAUAUUCAACAUUUGUUGAAUCAAGCAUGACACAUGAAUAUGAACCUAAUUUCGAGGAACGAACAGUGGAUAUAAAUAGUUAUAGAGUAUCCGGUGAAUUUCGAAUCAUCGAUUUCCCACCCUUAAUAUCAACAAACGAUCUAUUAAUAUCAGCUCAUCGCUCCAAUUGCAUAUUAAUCAAUGCAAUCAUAGUUGUAUUAGAUGCAACAGCUGAAGCAGAUAGUGAUGCCGAAAGAACUGUGAUAAAUAUAGUAAAAUUAUUAUCAGAAAAGGGUGUCGAUGUUUUAUAUUGUUUUAAUAAAGCUGAUAAGUUAAUUCUGUCGCAUACAGACAUCGUUUGUUCGCAAUUGCUGUCGGAUGAUGAUGGUGACCAGUUAAUUAGAUAUCUUUCACAAGAUAUUACACAAACGGAUAGAUUGAAUUGUUCUGUAAGAGCUCGACAAAUAUCUAAAAAAGGUAUUGAUAACAGAAUUGUUAAACAAAAAUAUGUAACCACUUGGACGAAAGAAAAUGUAUCAGAAACAUUAGUAGCAUUUGCAAAAAAUUACGAUAUACCUCUAGUUAAGUGUAUGCUAACAUUUUGUGAACUCGAUGAACCGGGUGAUCAGCGCCAUAGAAUAUUUCGCGAGUUACUUGAUCUAGGGCUUCAAAUUCCUACUUAUAUUAAAGGAACUUGGUUAAAAGAAUUUCUUGAAUCGAAUAGUGUAUCACCAGAAAGUAUUCAUCAAAUUCUGGAAUUCUCGUUUCCUCAAUAG